ACAAAACUAAAUUCUACGGAGUAAAUAAUAAGUAAACAACUACAUAGUGUGUUGUAUUUAUAUUGAUGAGUAAUUGAGUAGUGUGAGUGUCUAUAUAUAUAUGUAACCUUUCUGCCUCAAACACAAUCACACCCAUUAACACAAUUCCUUUGAUUUUCUCUGUUUAACUUAAUCACUUAAUUAAGUUACUAAUUAAACAACUAAACAUGGCAACGGAUUUGAACAAGAUCAAGGAGAAGACCAUCCUCAACACCCCAGCUCUUGUUGAGUAUAUUUUGGAGACGAGUGCUUACCCAAAUGAGCAUCAACAAUUGAAGGAAAUUAGAGCUGCCACUCUUGAGAAAUACAAGCACAUGAGUAUUAUGAAUGCAUCGGCGGAUGAAGCACAAUUCCUUUCAUUGUUGUUGAAGCUCAUCAACGCUAAAAACACCUUAGAGAUCGGUGUUUUCACUGGCUACUCACUUCUUGCUACUGCACUCGCUCUACCUGAAGAUGGCAAGGUUCUAGCCGUUGAUCCUGAUAGAGAGGCGUAUGAGGUUGGACUACCUGCCAUUAAAAAGGCUGGAGUUGAACACAAAAUCGACUUUGUUGAAGGUUCUGCCACGCCGUUUUUGAAUGAUCUCGUAAACAAGGGUAAGGAAGGAAUAUUUGAUUUCGCAUUUGUUGACGCCGAUAAGGAAAACUACAUCAACUACCAUGAACCAUUGUUGAAAUUGGUUAAGGUAGGAGGAACAAUAGCCUAUGACAACACUCUUUGGUUCGGUUCCGUUGCGUAUGCUGAAGAUGAUGAGAUAUUCAAGAAUGAUCCAGUGAUGGGUUUUGUUAAGAAGAAUGGAUAUGAAGCUAUUAGGAAACUCAAUACCUUUCUUGCAAACGACCCUCGAAUCGAGUCGAGCCUUCUUUCGAUUGGUGAUGGUAUUACACUUUGCAGGCGCAAGUACUGAAGUAACUUAUUAUUGUUGUUGUGUUCUCUUAUCAUAAACAAAACUACUCUUUAAGUAUGGGUUUUGGAAGGGAUGAAUGUGCCUUGUUAACUUGUUAAUUAAGAUCAAUAAAGUGUGUUGAACUUUUCAGCAUA